GGGGUUAAAAUUACAAGGAAACCACUAAAAAAAAUGAAUGAAACUUGUUUAAGAGACUUUAUCCAAUCCUGGCCUAAAGAUAUUCCAGUGAAUCAAAUUGAGAAUUGAACAGAAUUGAAGUGAACCAAGAGAAUCUAAUUUGUUAAAAUUUAAUUCAGUUCCUGAGAAUGUUUCGAUUUCCACUUUACCCUUCUUUCAACUAGUUUUUGUUUGCUCUAAAGCUUAAAAGAUUGGUGAAACCGGCAAUUACCGUCCAUAUCAGUGUUGAAGAUGUUGCCAAAAAGUUAAAAGAAAAAAGCCGACUUUUCAUCUGCGGCAUUUUAAGUUUAUACUUUUGCUUAUUCUUAACUCUCCACCUCCUCCUCCUUAAUUUUACUUUCCUCUGUUUCAUCUUUUUCUUUUCAUCCUCCCUCCUAGUUCUCACUCUCACAAAAGUUUUCACUCAGUCUUUCAUCUUCUCCUUCAUCAUCUUCUUCUUUCUGUCGUCUUCGUCUUGUUACUUUCUCUGUAAUUGUACCCGACGACAAUUUACAGCCUAACUCUUUCUGCCUUUUCUAAAUUUCUAAAGUCAAAGUCAAAGUCAACCUCGUCCCAAACACUUGUCCCUUAUAACUUCAGUUGUAACAAACUUCUUAGACAAUGGUGAAUAUUUUGUCUAGAUUUUUCAUUCUAUUUUAUUCCAUUUUAUUUCAUUGUGAUGCUGCAGUGAUACCAACAAAAUCAUCAAUACAAUUUGAUGAUUUACCUUAUUCUUCAAACAAAAAUGCUGAAUCGUUUUAUGUUGCAUCUUUAGCUAAUACAGCCUUUUCCCUUUUACCAUCAACGUGCACCACAUUGGGAAUAGAUUCGGAUAUCUGUAAAACAAUCUCAUCAACAGCACCAUCUAAAAUUAAUAUUUACUGGGCCAAAUCUGAAACCAAAUCUGGACUAUCUGUGUUAACAAAUGGACAAUCUUUUAUUGGCCCUGAAUAUCAUAAUGUCCUUGUGCUUAAGCCAUUGUCAUUAUCGCCAUCUUUGGCUUUCAUCUUCUUUUUUGGAGAUCGUUUCCAACACUCUUCUUGUGAAAGAGACCAUGGAAAAAUAACCGAUCAUGGUCAAGGAAAAUGUCUAAUUUCUUGUAUAAAAAGUAAUAAUCAUUUAAAUCCAAUUAGGACUAACAUUUGUGCAAGUAAAUCACUUCCUUCGGUACAUUUGGAUCUUGUCAACCAUCAAAAUAUAAACUUAAUUAGGUGUAUAGAUGGAAUAAUCGGCGCGGCUCCUUGUUAAUCAUUUUUUAUCAACCAAGAUAGAGAAUGAUCAAUUGUAAAAUUGUAAAAGUACCUUUAAUUAUUAUUGUAUUUUUGAUUUCAUCUUUUUUUACUCAUCUCACAAAGUAUAUGUACACUAUUAUCAUAAAAAUAAUGAAAAUAAUCAUUAAACC